ACUUAUUCCAUGGUACAAUAAUUCAAACAAAAUUGCCCUUUGUUUUUAUCAGCAACACCUAUGGUAACCCUUCGGUACACACAGUGAUUGUGUGAAUGAGGUGAGGCUGUGAAAUCUUCGAACCACCAUAAACUAACCAUUUUCUCACAAUAUCCACCUGAAUGCUGUCUCGUAUCUCGCCUCUCCUCCGUGCUAUCCGUCCCCCUCCCACCUACUCCAUGGCGGCGCGUGUGCUUUGCCGUGCCCUCUCUUCCUGCACCGUCGCUACGUCGUCUCUUCCUCGUUCGCACCUUGUAAAGUCUGCCUCUUGGGACUCUACCACAAUUUUUGGUCGGAGGAUUAAUUAUAGAAGCUUGAGCAUUGCACGAGGUUUGGGAAAUGCAAAUGGAAUUGGAAAAAUGGAAAUUGUGAGGGUAUCACGAAGAGAAUAUCGGAAGGUUCGCAGCAGAAGGCCGGCCGCAGCGAGGAAGAGUAAAGAAAAGGAGCUGGAGCUCAGUGUCAAGAUUUGCAUCGAAGAACAGUUGCCUGAAGAUCCUGAAAUUUUGGAUAUUGCAGAAAUGCUUCGACUUAAUGUCCCAAUGGCGAUGAAGUUAGCAUUUGAUGGUCUCACUAAUUUGACCUAUAAAACAAGAGAUACGUCAAUAAGUGAUGUUGGUUGUUUUGAGAAUGUUGAGUUAUCAGUACUUCUUUGCAAUGAUGGCUUCAUAAGGAAACUUAACAGAGAAUGGAGGGAUGAAGACCACGCUACUGAUGUCCUCUCAAUGUCCCAACAUAUUCCUGAACUAAAGCUUCCAAUUCUAAUGUUGGGCGAUAUUGUAAUUUCCGUAGAGACUGCUUCACGACAAGCAGUGGAGAGAGGGCACACUAUUCUUGAUGAGAUACGAAUCCUUGUGGUUCAUGGGUUGCUUCAUCUAUUGGGAUUUGAUCAUGAGUUAAGCGAUGAGGCCGAAGAGGAAAUGGAAAAGGAGGAGGAACUUCUUUUGAAGAAUCUUGGGUGGAAGGGGAAAGGAUUAAUUCAGAGUGCCCAUGAUGCUGAGACUAAUGGGAGUUUGCAUCUUGAUUAUGCAGAUGACAGAAGAAGAGAAGGCAGUCUUCGUUUUUACAAGCCAAAAUUUAGCUAUAUCUUCUGCGAUAUGGAUGGCACACUGCUCAACAGCAAAAGUCAAAUUUCCUUGUCAAAUGCGGAAGCUUUAAAAGAAGCAACAUCAAGGGGUGUAAAGGUGGUGAUAGCUACUGGAAAAACUCGUCCAGCUGUGAUAAACAUCCUGAAGAUGGUGGAUUUAGCUGGCAAAGAUGGCAUUGCUUCAGAUUUUUCUCCUGGGGUUUUUGUGCAGGGAUUACUUGUAUAUGGCAGACAAGGUCGGGAAAUAUUUAGAAGGAAUUUAGAUCCAAAUGUUUGUAGAGAAGCACUUCUUUACUCUCUCAAGCAUGAAGUUCCUCUUAUUGCCUUCAGUGAGGAUCGUUGCUUAACAUUGUUUGAACACCCUCUUGUGGACUCACUUCAUACUGUAUAUCAUGAGCCAAAGGCAGAGAUUAUACCUUCAGUUGAGCAGCUCUUGGCUGGCGUAGAUAUACAGAAACUGAUCUUCUUAGACACUGCUGGGGGAGUUUCUACCAUUCUGCGGCCAUAUUGGGCUGAAGCAACUGGGGAUCAUGCGUGUGUUGUCCAAGCUGUACCAGAUAUGCUUGAAAUUGUACCUUCUGGGACAUCAAAAGGGAGUGGCGUAAGAAUGCUUCUUGAUCAUCUGGGCAUUACUCCAAAGGAGGUCAUGGCAAUUGGUGACGGGGAAAAUGAUGUUGAGAUGCUCGACCUGGCUUCUCUUGGGGUGGCUUUGAGUAACGGAUCAGAGAAGGCUAAAGCUGUAGCAAAUGUGAUUGGUAUUAACAAUGAUGAAGACGGAGUUGCUGAUGCUAUCUAUCGAUAUGCAUUUUGAGGAUUUCUUUUCUUGAAACUUAUUUCUUUUUCAAACAGAAUAUAUUGUAUGGUGCAAUUGAAACAAGGGAAACAAUUGCACCAUUCCACACAAAUUCUUGGGGAAUAUUUUGUACCUUGAACUUUGUGGGUUUUGGUUGAUAUUUUUCUCUUGCAAUUCAAAUAAUGUCAGCAAAAUAUUUAUUGAUCAGAAGAAAUAGAAAUUUAGCCCUAUGAUUGCUCGAA